AUGAUCACAUUAAGUGAUUUCUACCAUGUGAUGACUGCAAUGGUUCCACUCUAUGUGGCCAUGAUUUUGGCUUAUGGUUCUGUGAAAUGGUGGAAGAUCUUCACUCCUGAUCAAUGUUCAGGAAUCAAUCGUUUUGUUGCUCUAUUUGCAGUCCCUCUUCUCUCCUUCCACUUUAUCUCCUCUAACAAUCCUUACACCAUGAACUUUCGCUUCAUAGCUGCUGAUACACUCCAAAAAAUCAUAGUCCUUGCGGUUCUUGCAGUUUGGUCCAAUAUAAGCAAAAGGGGUUGCUUAGAAUGGGCUAUUACUCUGUUUUCGGUAUCAACUCUCCCAAACACUCUUGUUAUGGGUAUUCCUUUGCUUAAAGGGAUGUAUGGUGAAGAAUCUGGGAGUUUAAUGGUUCAAAUAGUUGUUCUUCAAUGUAUCAUUUGGUACACUUUGAUGUUGUUCUUGUUUGAAUACAGAGGAGCUAGAAUGCUUAUUGGAGAGCAAUUCCCUGACACUGCUGGGUCUAUUGUUUCCAUCCAUGUUGAUUCUGAUAUCAUGUCACUUGAUGGAAGACACCCUUUGGAAACUGAAGCUGAAAUCAAAGAAGAUGGGAAGCUCCAUGUCACUGUGAGAAAAUCCAAUGCUUCAAAAUCAGAUAUCUUCUCAAGAAGGUCACAAGGACUUUCGUCGAACACCCCGAGGCCAUCAAAUCUGACCAAUGCAGAGAUAUACUCUCUGCAAUCAUCGAGAAACCCAACUCCCAGAGGGUCUAGUUUCAACCACACUGACUUCUACUCCAUGAUGGCUGCCGGCCGGAACUCUAAUUUCGGUUCUGCAGAUGUUUAUGGCCUAUCUGCGUCCCGUGGUCCGACGCCAAGACCGUCCAAUUUUGAGGAUGAAAAUGGGGUGGGUAACAAGGCAAGAUACCAUUACCAGGCACAAAGUGGUACGACCCAAUACCCGGCUCCGAACCCAGGAAUGUUUUCUCCUACUGGGUCCAAAGGUGUGACUGCUGCUAAUGCAAAAAAGCCAAAUGGACAAGCUCAAAGCCAGAAACCAGAAGAAGGAGGUGGUAGGGAUCUUCAUAUGUUUGUUUGGAGCUCAAGUGCUUCUCCUGUAUCAGAUGUUUUUGGUGGAGGUCAAGACUAUGCUGCCAAUGACCCAAAAGAUGUAAGAUUGGCUGUUUCACCAGGAAAAGUUGGUCAAAGAGAGAACAAUAAUCAGGAGGAUUUCUUGGAAAGAGAUGAAUUCAGCUUUGGAAAUAGAGGAGGAUUAGAGAACAAUAACCAUCAUGAAGGAGGAGGAGAGAAAAUGAUUGAUAGCAAGCCCAAAACCAUGCCUCCAACAAGUGUAAUGACAAGGCUAAUACUGAUCAUGGUUUGGAGGAAACUUAUCAGAAAUCCCAACACUUACUCCAGCUUAAUUGGCCUAACCUGGUCCCUAGUCUCAUUCAAGUGGCAUGUAGAGAUGCCUGCCAUUAUAGCAAAGUCCAUUUCAAUACUGUCAGAUGCAGGUCUUGGCAUGGCCAUGUUCAGUCUUGGUCUGUUCAUGGCUUUGCAACCAAGGAUGAUAGCUUGUGGGAAUUCCAUUGCUGCCUUUACAAUGGCUGUGAGAUUCCUUACAGGUCCAGCUGUUAUGGCAGCUGCUUCUAUUGCUGUUGGUCUAAAGGGUGUUCUCUUACACAUUGCCAUUGUCCAGGCAGCUCUACCACAAGGAAUUGUCCCCUUUGUCUUUGCUAAGGAAUACAAUGUACACCCAGAUAUUCUCAGCACAGGUGUGAUAUUUGGGAUGCUGAUUGCAUUGCCUAUAACUUUGGUUUACUACAUUUUAUUGGGUUUGUGAAGAAACUUAAAGAUGGUGAUAGGGGGUGGUGGUGGUAGUGCAUCAAAGCAAAUUUGACACAAGAAGAGGGAGGAAGGACAGAGUCCAGUGUCCAGUCCACCAUCAAUCUUUUGUUUUUGAAAUGUCUUUUUCUUUUGUAGUAAAUUUGUAAAAUCCAUGUUUGUAGUCAAUUUAUAACAAAAAGGAAUGUUUCCCCCUAGUUAAUUAAUUAAAUUAGUGUAUUUCAGCUUA